UUACAAAGAAUCGAGUUUCAUUGUAGCGAGGUUCGUUAUACCAUUGUCCAGCUACCAGAUCUGACAAGAGUUAUUCUAAUUCAAAGGGAAGUAAUUCAUUUAUAACUCACUUCAAUUUCAGUCGGCGCGGUUUCAACUGAACAGUCGGGCUAAAGCUAGAUAAUGUAAAUUAAAACAUCUGUGUUUGCAGAAGCGCUAGACAUAUUAUAUGUUGGUUGGAUUACUACCAAUAUAAGCAUUAUAGUUAUAGACUGCUGUGGUCAAAGCUAUAUACACGUCGAAAUGGAACGCACGGAAUUACACAAGGAUAUCUUUGAAAAACACGAUUGGGAAGUAUCGCUGGAAGAUUUUAAAGAAAUUAUUGAAGCAAAUCUGAUUCCAAUCAUCGACGUUCGCGAGCCUCAUGAAGUUGCUUCUGUGCGUGUAAAUGCUAAAACAUAUGCGAACAUCCCAUUGAAAGAGAUAGAGACGGCUCUUCAGAUGGACGAAGUGGAAUUUUUGAACAAGUACUCGAUAAACAAACCAAACAAAGACGACCCUAUUGUCCUGGUCUGUCGGUCCGGCCGUCGAAGUAACCUCGGCCUGAAAGCAUUUCGGGACUGUAAUUAUUUAAAUACACGUCACUACAACGGUGGUACAAAUGUCUGGGUCGAAAAUUAUCCCGAUAAAGUUAUACGUUCCGCAACUUAAACCUAAAUGAAUCGCUUUGGGACGAUAAUGUAUAAAUUCUGCAAUGGCUUCAAACCUAAUGCUAACAUUACUACUGCAACGUUGCAGUUUGUCGUAAUUGCUUCAGAAAUGAAAUUAACUUUUGGGUAUGUACGCUUGUAUAUAUUCGCAAUAUAUUACUGUCAAUUUAAAACCCGUAUAUAGUAUAGGGUGGGAAAAGAUGGGGCACCUUUUCAUUCAUUUAAAGUUUUGUUACAAAUUCGUUAAACUGAAAGUAGUUAACGUUUUAUUCAUAUUACUUUAUUAUUUGUUGCUAAAAAUGUGCAGUUUAAAUAACCCUGUUCAAACAUUUAUAAAUACACUAAAUGAGAUACUACAGUGCUCAA